AUGGCGGAUACCCCUUUCCAAGUCGAAGCCUGGGUUGAGUACGGCCUCGGGGUGCUCAUCCUCCUUAUUCGAUUCUUUGCAAGGUGGUCGGCCGUUGGCUUCCAGGGUCGGCAGGGCGAUGACUAUUUUGCGGUUGCAGCUCUUAUCUUCUGGACUCUUUUGCUUGUGACUGCAGAGUUGAUCGGCCAGAACGGCACGAACGUCGGACUGAACGAUGAAAUCGCCGCAACCUUGUCGGACGAGGAAAUUUCCAAGCGCGAAUUCGGCUCCAAGGUCCUGCUGGCGGGAUGGGUGGCUUAUGUCUCGCUCAUCUGGAGUCUCAAAGGAUGCAUGCUGUUUUUCUUCAACCGUAUCACCCUGGGCCUAAAACAACAGAAAUUCAUCAAGUGGGCUGGCCUCGCAUGCGCCAUGACAUACGUUGCUGUAAUAGCCGUCGUUUUCGGCCAUUGCACGCCGAUCCUUAAGAAAUGGCAGAUUAUACCCUAUCCUGGAGGUAAUGUCCUCUUCCCCGCGGCAGUCCUAGACUCUUGGUUAAGAAUCUUCGGCGGUACUAUAUUUUACUUGACUGUUGCGGCCCUCAACGUCUUCACAGAUAUACUCAUCGUUUACAUUCCGCUCCCGCUGCUAUGGAAGGUCAACCUUAUCCUUCCCCGAAAGAUCGCAAUCGGUGUGUUACUAUGUUCCGGCGUCUUUAUCAUGGUUGCUACACUGCUUCACUGCAUCGAGUCGAUUAAAGACAUUGAAGGCAUCGGUACCAGUACCAUCUGGGGAAUUCGGGAAACGUUCGUUGGAAUCAUCGCCGUUAAUGCGCCCGCAAUCAAACCACUCUUCACCAGGUCACGUUGGCUCAAGGGAAGUAGGUCUGGCGGCAGCAGCACCAGACCGUCUGGUCAUACAUAUCUCCACUCGAGCAGCAGAGAUCCCUCGCACAUGCUGCAGACCCUUUCUGGGCGGAAAACAGCCGAAACGAUGCCUGGGCAUAAUAACUCGAGCGAGGAAAUGAUUGUUACGAAACACGGCCCCGAAUUUCAGAGUAACGUCGCUGUUGAGGCCCUGGACAGCCCACCAGUAUCCGGCAACAAGGUUAUUAUCACAACUACAUUUCAAGUCGAAGUCGAACAAGACAAUGGGUCCUGGAAGAAUGCCUGA